AUGGAAGCCCAGCGCAAGGACGAGGAGGUCGAUACCGAAUACGAGGAGCUCAUCCCGCCCGAGAACUUCGCCAUGGUCGAGCGUGGUCUCUACCGCAGCGGUUUUCCCAAGAAGAAGAACUUUGCCUUUGUCAAGACGCUCGGGCUCAAGAGCAUCUUAACGCUCGUGCUCGAAGACUACCCACUCGCCAACUGCGAAUUCAACAAGAUCCACGGCGUGACCUUGCUUCAGUUUGGUGUGCCCGGCAACAAGGAGCCGUUCGUGGACAUCCCAGAAAAGGGCAUUGCCGCCGCAUUGAGCGCUGUCUUGGACAAGCGCAACCAUCCGAUGCUCAUUCAUUGCAACAAGGGCAAGCAUCGAACGGGCUGCCUUGUCGGGUGCCUCCGAAAGGUGCAGCGCUGGGCGUUUAGCUCUGUGUUUGACGAGUACAUUCGCUUUUCGCACCCCAAGCCGCGCAUGAUGGACCAGCAGUUUAUCGAGCUAUUCAAUACGGACCUCGUCGAAGAGUCCGAGGAGACGGAGCGACCGGCGUGGCCAGGCUUGUCCUAA